AUGGUCAAGUUUGAGCACGAUUGGCCACUUGCCUCGGCUUUGAUAGAGAGGUGGAGGCCUGAGUCCCACACAUUUCAUCUACCGUGCAUGGAGAUGACUAUCAUCCUGCAGGACGUGGCCUAUCAGCUGGGACUCAGGAUCGACGGUGAUCCUGUGAGUGGAUCCAUUGGUGGGAGGGAGCAGCACCAUCAGGGACGGAACAUUGAGGAGUUAUGUGAGCAGAUUCUGGGUGCUGUUCCCGGCCCAGAUGACAGACAGUCACAGACGAAGUGGACUGUGAAGCUCACUCGGUUCCACAACACGAUUUGUGGAGAGCUGGAGCAGGACGCCACAGAGGAGCGCUUGUUGAGGUGGCUCCCCUUGCUGGAGGACCUUGAGACGUGUGGCCGGCUAUCGUGGGGCUCGGCUGUGCUGGCAUGGGUGUACCGCCAGAUGUGCCAGGCCACAGAGCAUGGUCAGUGCAAUUUGGGUGGGUGCGUCAGCUUGCUGCUGUCUUGGGCUUAUCACCAUAUUCCGCUGGUACGGCCCGAUGACUUUGAUACUCGAUCGUCAAUUUUCCCUGAUGGAGAGGUGUGUUCAGUACCGGCCGGACAAUGCCAGAGGCGAGAGCAGGCUUAG